AUGAAGUUAGAAUCGCUUUUGGUGGCCGCAGCGGGUGUUGCAGGUGCUCAAACAGCGUUUCUGAGCAGCCCCACACACCAGGAUAUUGGUACCGGCCCUGGUGGUCUGCUCAACGAGUUGUACGGUCCCAUACUGGACUACCACGACAGAGCGAGUGGCCUCGCCACGCAGCGUAUCACGCUGGAGGCCGAUGAGGAUGAAGAAUUCCGCGCCAUGUGCGGAUACUACGAACAGAAUCCUGUAUCGUAUCCCGAUGACGACCUGAGCUCCGAUUUGCAGCUUUUCGCGGGCAUUGUGUCAUUUGCACAUGUGCCCAUAGAACGAUGCUUUGACGCUGCACAUGGCGGUGCACAGUACGAUAUUGCAGUUGUCGGAGCACCCUUCGACACGGCUGUGUCGUAUCGUCCGGGCGCGAGAUUUGGGCCCAAUAGCAUCAGACAGGGAUCCAGAAGGCUUGGCGGAGGAUUUCUACCUGUCAGAGGGUUUCCAGGAUCCAAAAUGCGGCAUUUGGACCCCUACAAUGCAGGCUACAGAAUUGUAGACUGCGGGGACGUACCCAUGACCCCAUUUGACAACCGAAUCGCAUUGAACCAGCUGUACAGAGGGCAACGGGCUAUUUACAAUAGAACAACUGUGAAAGAUGGUCUGAAAACACCAAAGGUAAUUACACUGGGAGGUGACCACACGGUAACAUUAAUGGCACUAAAGGCAGCCCAUGAGCACCAUGGUCAAGUCGCAGUGAUCCAUUUUGAUUCUCAUAUCGAUACUUGGGAUCCGAAAGUGCUCGGUGGAGGAAUUACCAAGACUCAGAGCAUUAAUCAUGGCACUUUCCUGCAUUUUGCCCACGAAAAAGGCUAUAUCGCCCACAACAGUUCUAUGCAUGUUGGCAUCCGCGCGCCCUUCAUUGUAAAGUCUGACGAAAAGCACGACCACGACUGUGGAUUCGAGAAAAUUGUUGCACGCGAUUUCGACAUUCUAGGCUUCAGAGACAUUGUUGAUACCAUUAAGAAUCGUGUGGGUGAUCUACCGGUCUACAUCACUGUCGAUAUCGACGUUUUGGAUAUUGCCGUUGCGCCCGGCACAGGCACGCCUGAACCAGGUGGACUAACUGCAAGGGAACUUCUCACUGUUCUGGACGGUUUUGAAGGUCUAAAUGUGAUAGGAGCUGAUGUAGUAGAAGUAUCGCCAGCAUUUGAUUCGAAUGGAGAGAUUACCUCGAUCGUUGCUGCGCAGGUCGUGGACUCGUUCUUAGGCCUGAUGACACUUCAUUAG